CAUUUGGUGAGGCUUUGGCGAAGCCCAAACUGAUCAGCUAAGUCUUUGAAAGGCUGAGGAGCUUGAACACCGUGCUUCAGCCACAGAAGGGUCUCUCAGGGUCUUGCUUUGAAUUAUGAAGCGUUCCAGCUACACGGAUUCUUUGGAUGAUUUGAUCUCGGUCUGUCGUUCUAGAGGUAAACUUGCAGAGAAAAGUAGUCCCAAGAGCAAGCAAGUUUACAGUAGGGAGUUUCAGAAAAUGAUAGACAGCUUAGAAGAAGAAGACUACAGAGAGGAAGCCAGCCAGUCUAUAGAAAAGAAAAGAAGAUUAACUUCGGAUCAAGUUAAGGCCUUGGAGAAGAAUUUUGAGGUUGAAAACAAGCUAGAGCCAGACAAAAAAGCCAAAUUGGCCGACGAAUUAGGCCUGCAACCGCGACAGAUUGCUGUCUGGUUUCAAAACCGCCGUGCCCGUUUGAAAACCAAGGAAUUGGAGAGAGAAUAUUGUCUUCUGAAAGCCAAUUAUGAUUCCCUGAAGAUCGAUUAUAAUAAUCUUGAACAAGAAAACGAAUCAUUGGCAACUAAGAUAAGAGAGUUAAAAGCUAAACUUUGCCAAGAAAAUGUUGAGAGCAGUGAUGCCGUUAAAGAAGAUGCCUCCAUUUCACAACUGAGUAAAAACCAUGGAUUAUGUGAUAAUGAUAACGCUCAGCCUCUAAUAUCUCCAGCUUCUUCUUCCUCUCUACAAUUCACUGGCUCUUCUUCAUCUUCACAUUCAUCAAUGAACUGGGUUCAGUUAUCAGACCCCAGAAAAAUGCUGGACAAUGUCUUUCAACAGCCUUAUUUUGUGAAAGUAGAAGAGCAAAGCUUGUUUAAUUCAGAGGAUUCCUGCAAUAUCUUCUCAGUUGAUCAAGCUUCUACUCUGCACUGGUACUUCGCUGGGCAGUAAAACCAGUGAAGAUGCAAAAUUUUACAUCUUUAGAGAAGGGUUUUCAAGUUUAUUCUCGGCAAUGGCGGGAACAGUAAUAAGUCAGUUAACUUUCAUAAAUCAUUUGAAAAUUGCCAUUAAUUCCAUUAAAGCUCAUAUUUUAUAUUA